CCGUGCCUUGCGUGGGUUUUCUCCGGGUGUGCACUCCGGUUUCCUCCCGCAUCCCAAAAACUAUAAAUUGCCCGUAGGUGUGAUUGCGAGUGCGGCUGUUUGUCUCGAUGUGCCCUGCGAUUGGCUGGAAACCGGCUCAGGGUCUACCCCGCCUCCUUCCCUUUGGAAGGGCUUCAGCACUCCCUGCGAUCCUCGUGAGGAUAAGCGACAAAAAAAAAAUUGAUGGAUGGAUAGUGUUAUUAUGCACGGCAACUUAAAUCAUCAAUAUCGAAAGAGAAAUCAGGAAAAAAAAAAUCAAUGUCGUCCCCGCCGCUCUCCCGGUUCUCAUCCGGCUGCGGGGGUGACGGGAAGAGUGACGUCAGCGCCUCAAGAAUGUCGCCGCUCCGGCUGCUGAUUGGACGGCGGCCCCGGACCCGCUUCUCGGGGUGGGCUGAACCAGCAGAACAUCCUGGGAUCGAGGAGCAGCGGUCCGACUCGACGAAGGCGCCCAGCGUGUGAGACGAUUCCCGAGCUCGUUUUCUUCAGUUUUGCAUUUGAUUAUUGAAAUUGCGGAAUGUCUCCAAAAAUGUAUCACAUGUUGCUGCCGCUCGUUGGCUUGUGCGCAUGCGCAGCUUUGGCAUCACACGACAACGACAGCGCCAGAGGAAGAAUGUUCGGCUACUUCGACAGGUCCUUCACCGACGAACCCUUCACGGACGACGAUGUCCUCGGCCUGGAAGCGGACCACCGGUCGAACGGCACCGGCAACGCGACUGCCGGUCCCAUUUCCGAGGAGGUGCGCAGCUUCCUGACGAGCCGCCUGUCCACGCUGAUCAUCCCGUCUUUCUACGCCGCGGUGUGCCUGUUCGCCGUGCCCGUCAACGCCUGCGCCGCCCUGGCCUUCUCGCGCCGCAUCCGCCCCAAGAAACCCGCGUCCAUCUACAUGCUCAACCUGGCGUGCGCCGACCUUCUCUUCGGCGGGCUGCUGCCGUUCAAGGCGGCGUACCACUUCGCCGGGAACCACUGGGUGUUCGGCGAGCCCAUGUGCCGCGUGGUCACCGCCGCCUUCUACUGGAACAUGAACUGCUCGGUGCUCCUGGUGGCCUGCAUCAGCGUGGACCGCCUCCUGGCCGUGGUGUACCCCAUCGACUCGCUGGCGUGGAGGAGACCCCGCAACGCCGUCGUCGCCUGCGUCGCCAUGUGGCUCCUGUCCUUAGCCGGUUCGGUGCCACUGCUCGUAUCGGAGCAGACGUUCCACCUUAAGGAGCUGGACAUCACCACCUGCCACGACGUCCGGCCGGUAGGCGAGCUGGUCGGACUCUACGGGACAUACUUCGUCGUCCUGUGCGUCGCCCUUUUCGUCGCCCCGCUGUUGGUCACCGUCGUGUCCUACGCCCGCGUAAUCUGGUCCCUGAACCGGGCCCCCCGCGGCGUUCCUGGACGCUCCCGCCGGAGAACCAGGGCCCUGGUGAUGGCGCUGACGGUCCUGGUGAUGUUCUUGUUGUGCUUUGCGCCCACAAACUGCCUGCUCCUGGUCCACUACGUGCAGCUCCAUCACGGACUGAACCAGUCCCGCGAUGCCCCUGAGGGCUCGUACGUGGCCUACCUGGUCUUCCUGUGCUUGGGGAGCCUCAACUGCCUGCUGGACCCGCUACUCUACUGCUUCGGCUCGUCCCAGUGCCAGCGAGAGCUCGCCGGGGCGCUGAGGUGUCAGGGUAUGGCCGACAGCUUCGGCGCCAGCUCGUCGGACACGUACCGGUCCAGCACCAGGACCAUCCUGAAGCCCGCCCGCACGGACUGCUCACAUCAAAACGUCUCAUUUGCGAAAAAGGAUUCGUCGCAAGGGAGCCACGGCAGCUACUACAAGAAACUUCUUGUCUGACCACGUCCAAAAACACGAACCAAACUGACUUGAGUGCAUUUCUGCCAUGUGAACUUUCCCCAGGAAUCUUCGAAAGGGGUCUAAAUUGAACCGGUUGAUCUCCCCUCCCAGAAGAUUUCAGGAACUGUUGGGAUUCUGGACAUUCUAGAUCGGAUCGCAGGAAUUUAAAACCCGUGGGGGUUAUCUUUGCCAAUAGCGUCGCUCACUCAAUUUUUUUGCACCACCUAAAAUCGCUCACAAGAACAUUCUUUGAUCUGUUUCAGAGGAAAUGCACAUAUUUUGCAAUUUCUCACAAAUGUUUUUUUUCUGUUUUUACCACGUAAAUGUGAAAUACUGACAAGAUUUUAAACACAAUGAAGGAGGACUUUGACUUUUGCACUGUUAAACAAUUUAAGAUGUUACAUGGUGAUGUUGAGCAAGGUCAAUAUUUGUACGCGCCGCGUUUAUAUUUGCGCACUUUCUCGACUGAUAUCGUACAUCGCACUUGGUUUGUUCUAUAAACACGUUGGAAACCGCUUUUUUGACCAUCUGCGAAUAAUAAACACCCUUAUCCCGAAAAGAUAAGACAAGAACUUGUCAGCACUGAGCUUGAAUUUUUUUUUUUUUUUUUAAAAAGACCCGGAUGGCUCAUUGGCCACCAAACCUGCAGUCGCCAUCCGCCAUCUUGAUACUCCCAAAACAAUCGCCGGUUUCGUGUCUGUGAGAAAACAUUCCACAGCUAAGUUGGAAAAAUUUACUUUGACACUGUUAAAGUUUGUUUCUAAAAGCUUUUUUUUAAAUUUUCUGAUGAGCUCAAUUCACUUGAACAAAUUUUAUGUUUACGGUUGUUAUUGUUCACUGUCCACUCCCUGCUUCACGUUUAUGGACCGACGGUUUUUCGAGAAAAAGCGAUGUCAAUAUUUCCCCAAACUUCAUCAGUGGGUAAGCAAAAAAAAAAAAAAACAUUUUCCAGAAUUUUUUGGGAUGAAUUUCAUGAAACAGAACUCUUCAAAUUGAUUUAGAUUUUCAAAUGCGAGGAAACAAGUUUAAAUUCGUCGCAGAGACAACAAAUGAACAUUGUGUUUAGCGAGUCCUUAUUUCCAAAACUAUAUCUAACUGAUUGACUUGAAAAUUUAAUGUUGUUAUGACAAAAAAUGCUUAAUGUUUUGCUAUAUUAUGAUGAUAGUGCUUCACAGCGUAUUUUGGGAAAAAGCUAACAUGUCACGAAAAUCGGGCCCUAGGUAAUAUGCAAGGUUUCUUGCUCGUCACGGGGUUUUUUUAUGUCUUUCCUUUGCAAUUAGCCUUUUUUUGGGGGGCUUACCAAGUCGUAUUAAAAAUCCUUCAUGUUACCAGAACUGAACAAAAAACGUCAAGAUCACACGUCCAGUUUUAAUUCUACAUGCCAAACUUUAAUCCAACACGUAAACCAGGUCCUCCACACGUUUUGGGAGUACCAAGAUGGCGGCCGACUGGCUUCAACCAAUCGACAUACCGCUCGACGUGCAUGCGCUAUCCAGUCUUUUUUUUUUCCUUUAUGUCAGUGCUCCUCCUGUUGACCAUAAUGAGUAUUACAUGCCCAUCAGCCAAUUCAACUCUUGAAUUGUCCACCAGGUGACGCCAAAGAAACGAUUUGGCUCCAAUAGUCAACAAACCCGAAGCUCAUUUACACUUUUAAUUUGUAAAGGGUUGUUUAUUAACGAUAU